AUGCAACGAAAUUUUAAAGACAACGGCAAUGGGUGGAAAAUGGUUAACAGAAACAAGGGAAAAAGUACUGUUACAUCAAGAUGGGAUAUUUGGAAGAGCGAUUCGGGAGAGGGCAACGGCUCAGUUAUCUCUUUCUUUAUAACUGAUUUUGAUGAUUGUUGGAGAGCUAAAGACUUAUAUUAUGAACUCAAAGACUUUGGCAGUAUUGAAGAGAUCGUUAUUCCUCCAAAAAAAGAUUGGAGAGGAACAAGAUAUGGUUUCGUGAGGUUUUUCAAUGUUGAAGAUGCGAGGAUACUGGAAACCAAAUUGGAUAAUGUGUGGUUGGGAGAAAAGAAGAUCAGUGCCAACAUAACCAAAUAUAACAGGAAGGAGGUCAGUCGCAAAAAUGAUUCAGGGAGGGGCAAGUAUGGUGGUACCCGUGGGAAACUCAACACUACUCGCAGCAAUCCGAAGGUUUCGCUCCCCUCGAACUCUGGACCUUCGAAGAGCUUCACUGAUGUGCUGAAGGGACAAGUAUCUGAAGUGAAGAGGGUGGAUAAGGAGGACAAUAAGGCCUUCUUCUAUCAAACAAGUCUUGAAGAAAAGAAUAUGUUUUGUAAGGCAAAAAUGGGGGUAGCGGCAGCACCGGGGCUCGCUUUUGGAGUCAAGCAGGGUUUGAUUGAAGAGGGUAUUUUCACGGUGAAAGCUACGCCGUUAGGGCCAAAUCUGUGUCUCCUAGAAGAGGUGGUUGCCGAAGAUCUCGAUAUGUUCUUAGCUGAGGGAGGGGAAUGGAUCAAGAGGUGGUUCAAAGAGGUGAGGGAAUGGAAACCUUCUGACGUUGAAUGUGCUAGAGCGGUGUGGAUAUCGGCAUAUGGCAUUCCUUGCCACGUGAGGAAUAAGCGGUUCAUUGACACAUUAUUCUCCGAUAUUGGAACAGUGGCGAACUAUGAAUGGAUUCAGCAUGCUUCAAGCAGACUAGAUGUGGUAAAAAUCAUGGUGUUCUCUAAAGAGGCCGAAAUAAUCAGAAACAAAGUCUCAGUUUGUUUAGAUGGUAUGUGGACGAAUAUUCUUCUAAUAGAAGAAGCUCAGUGGUCAACGGGUGAAGAGGAGUGUGCAAGUGGCUUUGAUUCAAGUUCAUCCGACGGUUCAGUCAAGGGGAGCUCUUCGGCGCUGGGAAGUGGGAGGGAAGAAGAAGAAGAGUUGAUAGCUGCUUUUUCUGAAUCAGAGUACUUGGGGAAUGAUGAAAGGGAUGGGUCAACUCAAAGGAGACAGCAAGAGGGUUUUGCAGACAAGAUAGAGAAAUUGAGGAUGGAGAAAAUGGGGAGUAGUGAGGGCAUUAAAUGUUCUUACAUGAAAGAGGAUAAAGGUCAAGCUAGGGAAGAGAAAGGCUGUACAGAAGAUAGCAUUUCAUCCACAUCUUUUAGCAAAGUCUUGUGCAGCCUAGAAGCGGUUUCCUCUCCCAAAAAAAAGAGGAUGACGUGGCAAGUGUAG